ACGCGCCAAGUCCCGAAAGAGGCGCAGGGGGCGGAGAUCGAAAGCGGUCGGCAGUCCAGUAAAGUAAGACUCUGCUGAGGGAGAUUCCGAAGGCGGUGACAGCCUCAGUAGUUGCCCCGCGGCCCAAGGAGGCAAACACGAACCGAGGGACGUGCUGGAGACUGUUUAUAGCCCUGUCGGGACCGUGCAAGGAGGGGAGGCGGAGGCAGAAGCCUGAGAAAUCCUUGGAUGAUGGCAUACUGAGAAAGUUCCUCUGAGCCUGAGCACUCAUGGCAUCCCAAGACAAAGAUGUGGGGCCCUCACUGCCCUCCUCCUGGGCCUCCCAGAUGGGGUCCUGGAACACCAUCCUCCAGACUGUCAGGGAGCAGCUCCCAUCUCUGGACUCAGAUUCUUCCUCGUCAGACUGCGGGGAAGAGGAGCUGUUCAUCUUCCAACGAAAUCAAACCUCCCUGAUUCCAGACUUGUCAGAGGAGCUGGCUGAAGACUCUGAUGGAGCCUGGGUCCCUACGGCCUAUGAGUCUCCUAAGCCGCUUGCGGUGCCUGUGGAGUUUGCAGCAGGAGCCUGGGGUGAAUGGAAUGCAAUGACGAAGGAAGGAAGGGACCCUGGCCAGUCCUUGGAUAGCCGUGGUGAGAGCAGCUCUCUUUUUAGGAAGCCUGAGGAGAUUCCUACGUGGCAGGAAGGUGACCAUGGGGGCAUGGCCAUCAACACCAAAGGAUCCUCAAGUCCUCCCUGGGAGCCACAAGGAGAAGCCACCCUCUGUCUUCAGGAAGGAGACCGGAGGACAGAGCCCCCAAGUGCCGCCUCUCAGUCUCAGGAGGGCUCAGACUCUGCCAACCAGAGAGCUCUCCGAAGGGAGAGAAGGAAGAUGAUUGAGAAAGACCUACUCCAUAAAGUCACCUGGGGUCCCCGGAACCCCGACUGCAGUGACCAAAGUCAAGGGAAGAAGAUGUCCUGUGAAGCUACAGUGGCAAGUCCAAGACCAGGAACACCACCACAGGGUCCCCAGGAAGGCUUGCCAGUGCUCUCCCUCCAGCAACUUGAAGAGUGGGAUUUGGAUCACAUCCUUGAGAGUCUGGCAGGACAAGAAGACAAAGAUGACAGAGGAGACAGAGCAACUGGAACGGUGUGGUGGGCAGCUGACCGCCUCCAGGGCCAAGAUCACACCAAGCAGAGUGCCCAGGACAAGCUUAUGGAACGACUCACCCUCCUGUGUGCCACGCAGUCUAGAACCUCUUUCUCUGCCUGGAAAAUGCCUGCUGACACGUCCCAGGACACCAAACAGCGAGAGGCUGGAAACAGACGUGCUUUGACAGAGCUGGGCUUCCAGGCUGAGCUGGGCCAGUGUUGGCUAAGGAACCCAGUGAAGCCUCCUACCACCUUCAUUGACCUGAGGCCCACGGAGCCAUCAGACCAGCAGUCAUUGGAAAGCUCUAGCUCCAGCUCCAACUCCAGCUCCAGCUCCAGCUCCUCUGACAGCGAGGAGGCAGAGGAAGAGGAAACAGUGGCUCUGAGAAACCAGCAGGGCCCAGGGGGGGACUGUACUGGGAAAAGUCGGCUUCUCCAGCAGCUCAGGGCAUUUCGGAAGGGGAUGGCUCAGCCCCAGCUGCCCGCCAGUGAGGGUCCCAACAGCCAGAAGGCUCAGGCCCCUGAAGAUACAGCUGGAUCCAGGACUGGGAGGAAACAAAACCUAACUCUUUGGACUAAGCAGAACGCCCAGGCCAGACCCUCAGGAAGAAGUCUCAGGGCUCUGGGGGACCCUUUUGUACCAGCGACAGCCAGGGAGGUCCUGGUGCCUCCUCUGGGUCAACUGUAGAUGCCUCUGGGAUGAGAUAAGAGAAGGUUAGCAAGAUGGUGUGACUCUCCAAUGACGCACCCAGGCCAUUAGCAGCAACCAAGGACCCUCAGCUGUGGAUCCAUCACCUAACCCUCUGUUAGAAUUCAGUCAAACAUUUAUAUCAUUUACAUGCACUUAGAGCACAAAGAUGCCAGCACAAACUUGUACCUACAGCGAUACAACUCAAGUGGCCCCAAUACUCCGAAUAGGCCUGGAAGGAAAAGCCUGUGAAGACAGUGGUUUUGUUCUGAUCGUGGGAAUGUGAGGCUUUUCAUCUUUGUCCAUUUCAGCGUUUGUUUCCUUUAAUGUGCAUCUGUUAUUUCUGUCAUACAGGGUCUUUUUUAAAACUAUAAAAUUUAAGUAAAACAUUUAGAGAAAUGUUUUAAAAAAGA